UCAUUGUGUUUGCAUACUAAAGAGAUCUUCCCUCGAAUCAUUAUGUGAACCGAUUCCUCUCCACGAUCAUUGAUUUAUUUAAUUGUUUUUAUAUAGAGAGCACCUUUGUGGGGGUUUAGCCGUUUAGGGUUGGUUAAUAUUAGCUGAUACUGUAUGGUUUGUUAUGCAUGAUCAAUUGAUCAUGCAUAUAGAUUUAUAGUAUCAACGACAGAAAAUCAGGUGGAAGUUCCCAACGGGUAAAUUCAGCUUUCCAAAUGUUGAUAGAUUAGAUUUUCUUAUGUCCAAAAUAGUAUUUUUAAAAAGAAAAAAACUGACAAGAUAUUUUAAUCUGCAUGUAUUUGUAUAUUUUUAUUUUCUAUAUAACUGGUAGCAGAAAAAGCUGAAAAACGAAAAUUCAAGUAUCAAUUGAAACAAUAGCUUAUAAAACAAACUUCACAUUUGAGCACAUCCAAAGCCAAAGUGUUUGAUAGAUAAUUUGAUACGGUUAACCAACAUGUUAACUAAUUGAUGUUAUAAAAAUAAUGAAUUUUUCUUGAAUUAUGUGAAUUUGAUUUUCUAAUCAAACAAUGAAACUGUGUACACAAUAAUAAAUCAUUCUCAAACCAAAACAGUGGCAAACUUCGCUAGUAGGUUUGUUUUAGGCCUUUCUCAGAGACUUGUAAUUUAAAGAUGUUACCUUCAUAAGUUAAAAGGUUGGUCCCAGAAAUGAUGAUGGCCUUUUCUAAAUAAUCCAGUUAGACAAUAAGGACCCGUUUCUUCAAAAUCUACGAACGUAAUCGCUUACGUAAUCAAUAGGAACGAGUCAGACUGAAAAAUAACUUAAUAAGAAAGUAUUGAAUCCGUCAAAAACUGAGGGUACCGAUCUUUUAUUUCAAUCACGUAUCGAUCAAGGAGCAAAGCUUAUAACUUUGAAAAUUCUGAAGGUACUAACAUAGAUGUUCAUACUUCAUAGUUUCACAUCGAAGGUCAGGAUGACAAAAAUUUACAAUAAAACGUUAUGUACUAGCACUUUAAAUUGUGUGACAUUUUACACAACUAUAUGUAGUAGUUAAAUCACAAUACAUACAAUACAUGCUCAACCACUACCCUACAUGAAAGUCAAAAUCUUAGCCAACAAGCAUUUUGUUGGCAUCAUCGUUAGCAAUAAUUCAUUUAUCCUUCAUUUAACCAAAUCCUAAAUUGCUAUAAAUAGCUGCUCACCACCAUUUCUCAAAACACAGACACACACAAAGAAGAAAACCAAACCAAAUUAGUUGUUUCUAAGCGGGAAAGAUGAACCAAGAAGAACAAGUACAGGUUUUGGGGUUAUGGGGAAGUCCUUUCAGCAAAAGAGUAGAAAUGGUCCUGAAACUUAAGGGCAUACCGUAUGAAUACAUCGAAGAAGAUGUUUAUGUUCAGAAGAGCCCUAUGCUUCUCAAAUUAAACCCUAUACACAAGAAAGUCCCUGUCCUCGUCCACCAAGGCAAAUCGAUAGCUGAGUCUCUGGUGAUUGUCGAAUACAUUGAAGAUACUUGGAAGACAAGUUACCCUCUGUUGCCUCACGAUCCUUAUGAACGCUCUAUGGCCCGUUUUUGGGCUAAGUAUGUGGAUGAUAAGGUAAUGUUAACAUUGUGGAAGGCUUGUUGGGGACCUGAAAGCGAAAGAGAGAAGAUGGUAGAAGAAGCCUAUGACGGUUUGAAAUACCUCGAAGAAGAGCUUGGAGAUAAACAGUUUUUCGGAGGAGAGACAAUUGGUUUUGUUGAUAUAGCAGCUGAUUUCAUAGCAUAUUGGUUUGGAAUUGCGCAAGAAGCUUCAGGUGUGAUGAUCAUGACCGCAGAGAGGUUUCCAAAACUUCAACGUUGGUCGCAGAAUUUCGUUCGGAAUAAUAUUAUUAAGGAAGUCUUGCCGCCUAAGGAGAAGCUCAUGGCUCUUUUCAAAGCCCAAUUUGGAAAUAACGCAUCCAAUGAAGCGUAGUAAGACAAAGACUCUCUUACUUUAUGAAAAGUAUGUAUGUUAUAUCUAGAAAAGUCUGCUGUUUGUUUGCACACAAAAAAAGCUGUUUGUAUGUUGUUUUUGUUUUUAUUACGUGUAUUAUUUGUUAAAACUUCUGUAACUUUCUAUAAUGGUUAUAGUCUCUAGAAGGAACAUUCAAACAAAAUAUGAAGUUGGACAAUUUAUUGAAAA